AAUACACUUAAACACAUGAAUGAAUCUAACGUUAUUCUUAACUGGUGGUGGCCAUGUGAAACAAUCAGUACACAAGCAGACAUUAUAUAAUUGCAAAUGAAUAGCGAUUAGACCCAUUUAUGUAUUGAUACGAUGCGACAUUGCCCACUUGAGGCCAUGUGCCCCAUCUUCAGUCAGGGGUACAACCGUCAUUCCACCUCAUUUGCUUCACCAAUUUAUAUAAGCUUUGCUUUUCAGGAGAUCUGAGAAGCAAAGUACACCACCAAUAAUCAAGCAAGAUGGGAGUCAUGAGUUUGAGCAGCACGAUGAUGGUGUUAUUACAGGUGAUGAUAUUGUUAGGACAAGAGAUUGGUACAGUGUCGUCGACUCUAUACAAAGUUGGGGACUUGGACGCUUGGGGUAUCCCAAUUGAUGCUAAAGUCUACACCAAAUGGCCCAAAUCUCACUCUUUCAAGAUCGGUGACUCCCUCUUGUUCUUGUACCCACCAAGCGAAGACUCACUGAUUCAAGUGACGCCCUCCAAUUUCAAAAGCUGCAACACCAAAGACCCAAUCUUGUACAUGAACGACGGCAACUCUCUCUUCAACCUCACCCAAAAUGGUACCCUAUACUUCACAAGUGCAAAUCCCGGCCACUGUACCAAGUACCAGAAGCUCCUCGUAUCCGUCGGCACUUACUCCGCCGAAGCAGAAGCCUUGUCUCCGUCGUCUGCCGCCGACGGUCCCUCGUACCAAAACGCCUUCGGGUCUAUUCCUCUCUCUCAGAAAUCGUCGGCUACCUCCUCGCUCAUUUCAGCUUUCUCCACUGUCGCUGCUUCGCUGGCUUGCGCUGUCGUCGGUGCAAUCAUGUGAAAAUGGAAUUUUGAAUAUCUUUAUUUUAUUUUUGAAUAACUUUUUGUUUUUUGUUUUGUUUUGUUAUGAUCUCUUAAUUAUUUAUUCUUCUUCAUCGGCUCCGAUCCUUUUAUAUCUCGACAAUGAAUAUGCCAAUUUUCUAAACUA